AUGAGGAAGUUUCGCAUUAACGAGCUCUCAUCGAGCAAUGAUGGCGUCAGCACCAGUGGACAGCAGCACCAUGGAAUGCAAUCGCCAUCUUCAAUGUCUCUUGCCUCCUCUUCAACGUCUAUCAAUCACCCGACGCCUGAUGCUCUGAGACAAAGUCUAGCCAGCAACAACGGCAACAACAGCAGCAACAACAACAAUGCGGUCGCAGCAAAUAUGGUGCACUCCUCAACGGAGCCGCAGAGGGCAAAUCAAUAUUACCAUCACGGUGAAAAUCACUUUGUAUUGUCGCAUAAUGACAACAUAAACUGGCGUGAUGAGGCAGACGGCAGCGAAGAAGAGGAAUGUCGCAUAAACUGGCUGCCUGGCUCGUCUGACUUACCGCCGCCACCCCCUCCUCCUCAAAACUUGCAAAGUAAUUUAUUUGGCCAGCACUCUUUGAGUUCCAAUUUGCUUACUCAUCCCGGAGCACCUGUAUACUCAGCAAUGCCUGAGCAAGACUUACGCACUCAGGGACUGAACAACAGUUGUCCAACUGACAGUGCUCGUGUCGGCAGUAGUAACACUGAUAAAAAUCUAGAUUCGAAUUUUAAGGAAAAACAAUUGCGCGAAACAGAAUUUUGCAUUAAUCGCAUUGAAGAUUUACUCUCUUCUUUUAAGAAUCUCUGGAAAACUGACGAACUAGUACAGCUAAAUGGAAACGGUCUUUUUGACGGACAUGUUAAUAACCUCCACGCUAACCUGCCAACUACUUCGUCAUUGUCAUCCUCAAUUGGUCAACGAAAGCCAACUCAAACUGUACCUAAAAUGAUCAACAAUUCAAACGCUUUCAACUAUUCUCAAUCAGGGCAUUCUCAGUCUUCGCCACGAGUUUCUAAUAAUUUUGGAGGUUUUCAAGCAAGUCAAUCAACAAUUCCAAAAAAUACACAGCAGUCACAUGGUGGUUCUGCAGAGGAGAGUUUGCGAAAUAGCAAAAACACUCGGAAGCUGUUUGGUAAUAACCGCCGCACAGUACAAAGUGAUAGCUUUCAGCCGCCGCAGAUGAAUGAAACUGACUUUAACGAGCCCCUUAUUGCUGAAAACUCUCACUUUGUGCCAGAAGGGCGUAUUGACCAAUUCUAUCGCUUGCUCAACGCUCAAAUUAAUACUCUUCACAGUCGAUUGGAACAACUUGCAUUAUCAACAGAUAGUCGUAGUAAGGAAAGCUAUUCGCAGGCUAACCCGUUUAACUUCAAUGAAAGCCUGCUUUCAAAUAAUCCAUCCUACUUUUUGUGUGAUAUUGAAAAUUGUUGCGUGCCUACGUCAGACUUUCAUGAAUCUGGCCUGGCCGAAAGUUCAAAUGAUCAUCAGCGAAGAUUUAAUCAGCAAAUACAUCAACUGCUAAUGCUUCAAAACUAUCAAAUUAACCAGCAGCAUAAACUUAUUGAAAGUUUGAUUCAUACACAGCAAAAAUGGAUUGAAAAACAGCCUGGUACUUCAUUUAAGCCGACUACUUCUGGAGCUCAUACUCACGCUCACGCCCACCGACAUCCGGCAUUCGGUCCAGUGCCAGGAAAUCCAAUGUUCAUCAACGAGAAUCCUCUCAUAAAUAAUUAUCGACAUGCCCGUCCUGACAUAACUCUCAACAAUCUAACUGAACCUCGAAGUAGGGCAAAUAACUUUUUCGAUAACUUUCGCAGCCACACACAUCAGAAUAAGUUGCAGCCUAAUCGUGAAAGCAUUACACUACCCACCAAUCGAGAGCACCAGUUCACGGGUGGUCAUCAUGGCAACAACUGCUCAAAUUCCUGCAUCAACAUGAAUGGCCCGUGCAACAAAAACAGCCGUUCGCAGUUUUUUGCUGGAUUCGGCACGGAAGGAGCUAAAAGUCAACCGAAUGUCUUUAUAGCACCCAAUCAUCAUGGAGCAACAACUCAACAGCAACUGUGCAGUAGCUCACAGUUUAGUGCUCCUCCAAGUACUAGCUCGAUGUUGUUUAGCAGUUUGGAUAAAAAGCAGCUGAAUACCACCAACACCACCACCACUACAGCAAGUGGAGGGAACAAUAACAGCCAACCGUUUGGCAAAACUAUGAUUGGAAAAGUGGCAGAAACUGAUCCGACGACCCACACAAAGGUGAAUCUAUCUGGCGGCUCAAGACAAAGCUUUACGUCGCCGUUUAACGCUUCAAAUGAUCAUAAUAACAGCAGCCACAAACGUAAGAAAACGAGCAACGUAAACAGUGUCGAUCCUAGCAGUCUUUUGACUGAACAUCAUUUUCACGAGGAGGAUGGUGAGUUUAACGGCGAUGAAGAUGAGGACGAUCACGACAGUAUUGACAUGGAGCCAAGUGUCUUUGAUUUAAACUCCCGUGUCAGUGGAAACUCGUUGCAGAACGAGUCGAGUAUUUUUGGUGCGUCUUCCAGUUUGGCUAAUUCUAUUGGCAUACCUACUUCACUGCCCAGUGGCUUUCACCAGGACAAAUGCAGCUUUCAGGUGCCGCUGACUAUUCUGCCGCACACUGGUGCUAUUCGCAAAAAGCCAAUGUACGACAACUUUAAGUUUGCAGCAACGGACAAUCAAAAACUAUCGGUCAUGCAGAACCAUACACCUAAGGAGAAAGGAGACUCCACUAACAGUGCCUUUGCCAGUGCUAAUCUCGGCGGUAUUGCUAACGAAAGUAUUCGGCCUCUGAUGCCAGCCGAGGGACGAUCAAGUGAACAGAUGCUGGCUGUGGCACCAGCUUCCAAUGCAAUGGUUAACGUCACUGUGCCAAAGCCGAAGCUGCCCAGUUCUUCGCAAAAAUUUUCCACUCGUCCUCCAAUUGCCGGCGCUGGAAAUGAGGCGUCGAGCUUUAUGAGCAAAUCGACUGCCACUUACGCUCACCCCAGCCAGCAGGACUCCUUGGUCAGCAACUGCGUACUGGACGAUGAUAUCAAGUGGAAUCAGUUGAAUGGCAGUGACACCUAUAACAAUGGCGGCACUGAUCUGAUGGCGCCUCCAAGCAGCAGUGAAGUGGAUGGACAAAAACAAACAGUAAUUGACUCACCUUCUGUCAGCGGAAGUAGUGAUAGUGCGGAAAUGGUCAGUCGAGCGGAGCUGUCUUCCACUUUGCACUUGGAUGACGAAAGACUGUUGGAUGGUAGCACUGAACCUAAACCUUCACCGUCACCUAGCAAAUCAAAAUCAAAGGAUGGCGCCAGCAAAUGUGAAUCUUCAUUUUUGAUUUCGUCAAGUGGUCUUGUCAAUUCGAGUCAAUCUAGUACGAGCACUUGCACCUCCACUACAGGACACACUAGCCUAGGCAACCAUAAUCAUAAUAAUGGCGCUACAAGUGCUGUCAACAAGAGCAUAUCAUUGGCUGAGACUGAGCAGCAGCAGCAUAACGCCACCAAUUCAGAUAAUAACCAUAAUGCCGCGAAUGGUCGUUUUCUUCCGGACGAAGUGAUUCGCGUCAACGGACAGCAUCAGAUGGAAGGCGAUGGCGAUCUGGAAGAAGAUAAAGACACCGAUGUAAGACUGCUAUCGCUGACAAAUGCUGUUGAAGUUCGCUCUACUGUGCGCCUUUCAGGUGACGGAGAACAAGGCCUGUGA